AUGCCAAGAAACCGAAGUUCCUUGACGAAGUUCGAGGCCCUGAUGGUGCUAAGUUUAACGGUGCUCGUUCAACUAGACGUCUGCUGGUGCACGCCGUCCCAUAGAAGUAGACAUCACGCGGACAUGUCCCACGAGGACGCGAAGAAUUUCCGAACGAGUGAAGAGCUGCCGAGACCAGCCGCUCUCAAUUCGAACGACGAUCCGCUGGUGGUUCAGACCAGGAAGGGCAAGGUCAAGGGCAAAACCAUGACUGCCACCACGGGGAAGGACGUUGACGCCUGGUUCGGGAUCCCUUAUGCGCAGAAACCCCUAGGACCCCUGAGAUUCCGGCAUCCGAGGCCGGCGGAACGGUGGUCGGGGAUCCUAAACGCCACUACGCUGCCAAAUAGCUGCGUGCAGAUUCUGGACACGGUGUUCGGCGACUUCCCAGGUGCGACUAUGUGGAAUCCGAACACGCCGCUCAGCGAGGAUUGCCUUUACGUGAACGUGGUCGCGCCACGGCCUAGGCCUACCAAUGCCGCUGUUAUGGUAUGGAUAUUCGGUGGUGGCUUUUACUCCGGAUCGGCGACCCUCGACGUUUACGAUCACAAAACCCUGGUGUCCGAGGAGAACGUGAUUCUGGUCUCGAUGCAGUAUCGAGUCGCCAGCCUGGGUUUCCUCUACUUCGGAACGUCGGAUGUUCCUGGGAACGCCGGUCUGUUCGAUCAGAUGAUGGCCCUUCAGUGGGUCCGCGACAAUAUCGCUGCCUUUGGCGGAAAUCCUGACAACGUGACCCUGUUCGGAGAGAGCGCGGGCGCCGUUUCCGUUUCUAUGCACCUCCUUUCGCCUCUGUCAAGGCAUCUGUUCAGCCAAGCGAUCAUGCAGUCAGGCUCCCCAACUGCACCCUGGGCUAUCAUCUCUCGCGAAGAAUCAAUCGUGCGCGGCAUUAGACUGGCGGAAGCCGUCGGUUGUCCGCACGAUCGCUAUAACCUGCAAGAUGUGAUCGAUUGUCUGCUGGUGAAGGACCCUAUCGAACUGGUGACGAACGAAUGGGGCACCCUGGGUAUCUGCGAGUUCCCUUUCGUACCCGUGAUUGAUGGCGCCUUCCUCGAUGAGACGCCACAACGCUCGCUGGCCACAUCUUCCUUCAAGAAGGCCAAUAUCAUGAUGGGCUCGAACACCGAGGAAGGUUUCUACUUUAUUAUUUACUAUCUGACCGAAUUAUUUCGCAUCGACGGCACCGAGGAUGUGAAGGUCAGCAGGGAGCAGUUCGUUAGCGCCGUUUCCGAGCUGAAUCCGUACGUCAAUCAGAUCGGGAGGCACGCGAUUAUCUACGAGUACACCGACUGGCUGCAUCCAGACGAUCCCCACGUGAAUCGCGACGCCCUGGACAAAAUUGUCGGCGACUACCAAUUCACGUGCAACGUGAACGAAUUCGCUGGCCGAUACGCUGACACGGGGAACACUGUUUACAUGUACUAUUACAAACACAGAUCCGCGAACAAUCCAUGGCCAAGAUGGACAGGCGUGAUGCAUGCAGACGAGAUCAGCUACAUCUUUGGUGAGCCCCUGGACCCCACGAAAGGGUACUCGACCGAGGAAGUGCAUUUGUCGAAGAGGAUGAUGAGAUACUGGGCAAAUUUUGCGAAAACAGGGGACCCGAAUGUCGGCGACGAGUCAUGGACACAGGCUUAUUGGCCACCGCACACUGCCGUGAAGAAAGAGUACCUGACGCUGGACACUAACAGUUCCGAGGUCGGGAACGGGCCUAGGGUUAGGCAGUGCACUUUUUGGAAGAAGUACCUUCCGCAACUCCUCGCCGCGACAUCGAAACUAGAAAUUGCUUCAAAAGAAACGUGCAGCGGCACAAGCAUUGCUGAAGAAGGGCGGCUGCUGCUGGUGAGCUUGUUGCUGAUCGGCACCCUGUUCAGCCAGAACCUGGUCGCGUUUCAUCUUGGGGCGAACGGGCUAGCACAGAUACUCACAGAGGAGACAUACCGUUCAACCUUCAUUUCCCUCCAUAUGUAUAUCGUUACAUUGACAGAAAUCAAACCUGUCUUCCAUCUCGAAUUCCCGUAG